UCAAGUGUUAUCAGACCAGUGGUUCCAAGUAGUUUUGUGAAAAUUGAUUCAUACGAGAAGCAGCAUUUAAAUUGCAACAACAAAAACAACAUGGUCGUGGAAGCUAUGCAGAUCCAAUCUUAUCACCAACAACAAAACCCCCAAACCAACCCCAUGGAUAUUAAAAUGGAUUACACAAAAAUUGGACGCACCGUCAAAAGUGCCCUGAUGAAGGCCCAAACAGAGUCACGUGUCAUUGUGGGCCUAAGUGCCGCCAUCAAAGUACUCUCCAAGGCCCCCGAAGGUUCCCUCUUCUGCCUCAUGGCUGUGCCACAAGCUGGCGAUUCCGCCACACACAUGCAUGAAGUGCUGUUGGAAGCCUUUUGCUAUGAGAACGACAUCUAUGUCAUCAAGGUGGAUUGCCCCAUUAAGUUGAGCCGCAUUCUGGGCAAGACCAAUGUCGAGUCCUGCUGUUUGGUCCAAAAAACAUGGACCGGCGAACAAGGCGAAGAACAAUUGAACAAACCCGAAUCUCUGCUGGUUGAUUUCUGUGAAGCCAACUGGGAUGCUGCCGAAAACCCCGUUGUCGAGUUGCCCAAUGUGUGAGCUAGUCGUGGUGGUAAUCAGCAGUACGAGGAUAUAUUUUGAAAAUUCCCCAUAUCUGGUGGGAAUGUACCUUAAACUAC